CUCUCCAUCUCCGGUAGGCGUCCCUCUAUGCCGCCUCGCUGAACCGCCUUUCUGACUCUCGUGAACACACUGGCCAGUGUCCUCGGGUGAAGCGAGCCAUUGUGCGAAUGCGGUCGAGGCGACCAGAAAAGGGCUUGGUUCUUCCAGCGUAACAGCGCGAGCUGCGAUUGGAGCGCAGAGGACAGCGACUGCGAGCAGCGAGUAGACGUGCUUGUAAGGACGAGCGAUAGCGGAGGCAGGCACCGACUCAGACUGGCACCAUUGCGGUACUGUCGCCAAGAUACACGGCUUUCGGCGCAUAUUAGGUUGAAGCAAGUAAAAUACCUCCUUUUGGGAAAGACCGAGGAGGAGAAAAUGGCCCUUACGGUGCUAUGUAUUUUAGUGACUCUAAUGUCCAUCUGCGGUUGGGGAAACGUCGAGGCCUUGGCGAUGAGUGAGGUGAACGGUCCGGGCCCCCUAGUGGCCGAGCCCCAGAUUGCCAUGUUCUGCGGCAGGCAGAUCCUGCACAUGAACCCGGAGAACGGGCAGUGGGAGCCGGACCCCCAGGGCCGCCAGGGCUGCUUCAACGACCCCGGCCAGAUCCUGUCCUACUGCCAGGAGAUGUACCCCACCUUGCAGAUCUCCCGCGUGGAGGAGUCCUCCAGCCCCGUCACCAUCCCAGCCUGGUGCAAGAAGGGCUGGCACCACUGCCAGAUCCGGCCCUUCAUCGUCCUGCCGUACCGCUGCCUGGUUGGAGAGUAUGUGAGCGAGGCCCUGCUGGUAACAGAUCGUUGCCGGUUCCUGCACCAGGAGCAGAUGGACGCCUGCGAGAGUCACGUCUACUGGCACAACAUCGCCAAAGAGGCCUGUACAGCUGACAGCCUGGAGCUGCAUAGCUACGGGAUGCUGUUGCCAUGCGGAGACAAGUUUCGGGGCGUGGAGUACGUGUGCUGCCCAGGCAGGGGGGGCUCCGGCGCCAGGGGAGACGCUGACGCCGGGGACGGACCCCAGGGGGGCGCCCAAACCCUCGCCCCGCUGACCGACGCCAAAGCCAGCACCGGCACCAAGGUGACGCCCCCUACCCCGAGCCCCUCCCCGGACACCGACGCGGAGGAGGCCGAGAUCGCCGAGGAAGAGGAAGAAGUUGAGGAGGAGGAGGAAGAUGAGGAGGAAGAGGAGGAGGAAGAAGGAGCCAAAGACGCGGAAGAGUACGAGUACUCCAUCGACUCUGGCCCCUACCAGGCCUCUGACUACCUGGACUCCUUCUACUACGAGAAGGGGGCCCAGACCAGCCGCAGCCCCCCCACGCCCGCUCCCCAAACCCGGGGGGACAGCCUGCCUACACCUCGUCCAACAGACGGGGUUGACGUUUAUUUCGAGAUGCCAGGCGAAGACAGCGAGCAUGCCAAUUUCCUGCGUGCCAAGAUGGACUUGGAGGAACGGCGAAUGAAGCGCAUUAACGAGAUCAUGAAAGAGUGGGCGGAGGCGGACAACCAGUCCAAAAACCUGCCGAAAUCGGACCGCCAGGCCCUCAACGAGCACUUCCAGUCCGUGCUGCAGACCCUGGAGGAGCAGGUGGCCGGGGAGCGGCAGAGGCUUGUGGAGACGCACCUGGCCCGGGUGGUGGCCACACUCAACAACAACCGCAGGCUGGCACUGGAGAGCUACCUGACGGCUGUGCAGAGCGAGCCCCCGCAGCCGGAGCGCGUGCUGCAGGCUCUGAAGCGCUACAUGGCGGCCGAGCAGAAGGAUCGCAGGCACACGCUCAGGCACUACCAGCACAUCCAGGCCGUGGACCCCCAGAAGGCCCAGCAGAUGAAGUUCCAGGUGUACACUCACCUGCACGUGAUCGAGGAGAGGAUGAACCAGAGCCUGGGUUUGCUCUACAAGGUCCCCGACCUGGCUGAGGAGCUCCACCAGGAGAUCCAGGAGCUGGUGAAAGGGGAGAGGGGGGACAUCAGCGAGCUCAUGACCACCUCCUUCUCCGAGACGCGCACCACGGAGGAGCUGCUGCCGGCCGAGAGCGAGGAGGAGAAGGACGACGAGGAAGAGGAGGAGCGGGCCUUCCAGAACCGGCCCUACCCGCCCCGCAUCGAUUCUCAGCCCAACAGUAAGAAAGGUCCUGGGAUAGACGAGUAUGACUAUGCCACCGCGGAAUAUGAAGAAAAGUUGAACACUUCUGUGGAACUCAAGCAGGUGGUGUACAAGUCCCCGGGAAUCCAAAGAGAUGAACUGCAACCGGACGCCUUGGAGACGUUCAACCGCGGCGCCAUGGUGGGGCUGCUGGUGGUCGCCGUGGCGAUCGCCAUGGUGAUGGUGAUCAGCCUGCUGCUGGUUCGUCGGAAGCCGUACGGCACCAUCAGCCACGGCAUUGUGGAGGUCGAUCCCAUGCUGACCCCUGAGGAGAGGCAGCUGAACAAGAUGCAGAACCACGGCUAUGAAAACCCCACCUACAAAUUCUUUGAGCAAAUGAACUGAGGAGAGGUGGGCGGGGCCUCUGGGUCGAGGUCCUCAGCAUCAGAUCUGCCCUCUCUCUCUUUUUCCCACUUUAGGGAAUGCCCCCCCCCCACCCCCCCUCCUCUCACUUCCAUGAGGCCAACAUCAAAAUUGUAAGGAAAACAGUAACCCCCUGUCCCCCACUUCUCAAAACCCCUGCAAACACCCUGACCAUUUUCAGAUGAACCUAGGGGUAGAAGUCAUUUCUUCCCAUGUUUACUUUAAGGAAUUCCAUGUUCUGUUUCAUACACGAGGGUUUGGGGUGGGGCUAAUUAACUGACGGAAAGAGCCUUUUUAGUAGAAUUCCCUGAUUUGCCAUGCUGUUAAUAAUGGAAUUUAUGUUUUAAAUGAUGUAUUGUUUUGUUGUUGGUGACAUAUAGAAAUAUUUAAUUUUGUAUUUUAGAGUAUACUAUUGAUGUUGGUUUAAUUAUUUUAUUAUGAUGUAGCUGAAAAUUACAUUAUUUUUUCAAUUCAGAUAAAUAUUGUUACGUGAGUUGAGGAGAAUUCAGUUCUAGCAAUCUAUGCCCGCUGGGCACCCAUUGUCCCUGGUAAAGACUGAAGUUUAGAACUGCUAAGAACCACUGUGACCCCCUAGCAUACAGAAUUUGUGAGCAGUUGGUGUAAAAAUGGGUUGCUAACCCCGUGUUUAGCCGUAAGAUAUGAAUGGGAAGGUCCGGGGUGACGUGGCCAUUUUGCUCAGUCUGUGGGCAAAAGCAUCGGUCCCACAACAGAACUGACCGGACAGGCCAAGCACUAAAAAGUUAUCUUUAAGUGAAGACCCCGAAUGAGUGUCAUUUUACUGGCACACAGGCACGUACACACACACACACACAC